AUGAUCAGAUUAAACUCGUCAUCGUCCACAAUUGAUGGAAUUUUCCCAACAGGAUUAAUUUUCUUAUACGAAUCCGUUAAAAUACCUACAGCACGGCAUGGUUCAGAUAGCCAAUCAGUAACACAAGAGAAAUAUUAUUCGCCCGAUUUCAAUCCAUCGAAGAUUCAUUAUGUUAAACGUAAAGAGGAUAAUUCCUUUGAAAUCCGUUUAAUGGUUCCAUUUCACAUCAGAGAUGCAAAACCUCUGGUGAAUAUAUCUACCGAGCUACAAAGUUGA